CACCGCGGAAUGCCAACCUGAGGCAGGGCACCCAGCAGGAACAAUAUGCAUCACCCCUUAUUGAUGUUUUCUGAUCGAUAGAACGGAAAUGGGCGGUUACGACGACGUAGGUCCAUUAAUUACAGCUAGCGAUUUUACUAACUUAAUGAACAGUGCUAUGUCAGGUUGCAACUAUUAAUUAAAAAUAUUUACACAACCGGUGUCUACAAUGUGCUUCUGCCGUUUUCAACAUAAUUUUCAUAUUAUGAAACACUCUUAAUUUACUUAUUCGUCUUAGCUGCAAAUCCCACUAGAGAAUAGAAUAACCGACCAUGACCAAAUAGAAAAAUAUCCCACUGUUUGUUUAGAAAUCUCCCUGUGUAUAAAAAUUUAUCAACUCACGCUAUUUGCUUUAUUCGCUAGUUGGGUUUGUGAUAUGUCCACGAAAAAAAAAUCAAGUUGAAUCAAAGAAUUGAGUAUGUUUAUUAACCGAUCAUCUUUCACUCAUCGUUUUUCUUCAUCUUAUUGCAUACCACUACUUAACUAUCUUGAAAAAUCUGUUUGGAUAAUUUUAAUAAAACGAGUAUAAACUACUGUAAACAUAUCCCAGCAUCACACGCACACACAUUAUUAUUGGACCUAGAACAGCUAGAGGUGAUGGCUAAUCUAAAAGAUAAAAUAAAUAUUGAUUCCUCCUCCUCCUCAUGUGACGCCAACGUUGCGCCAUCAUCGACAACGCCAUUACCUUCGACAAUAACGACAACAUCAAUCACACCAACAAUGGUUUACAACAACAACAACAACAACAACAACAACUACAAUAACAAAACAUGCAAUGCUAAUAACCCAACCGCUGGCGGUGGCGUUGGAUCACUGUUGGAUGAUUUGAACUUGUUUUGCUCCGCCGACCCGCCAUUACCACUCAAACCGAUAUCAUUCGCCAAUGCCUUCACUUGUAAUGUUGGUACCGUCGCGACCACCUCAUCCGACUGUCCUUCCUAUUGUUUUGCUACCACCUUCAUUCCUGCUACUACUACUACUACUACUACUACCUGUUGUACCGCAUCCCUUUCACGACCACAUUCACCAUCAUCGCCAUCACCACCACCACCACUACCAACACCGUUACUCACAACAAUAACAACAACUACAAUAAUAACAACAACAUGCGCUACUAACGGCACCCCGAUGAAUGGUGAUGGCCACGCGGCUGCCGCCGUCGGUACUUCCUCUGUUACUACUCUGCAAUCGUUUGAUGAUUAUUUGGAUCUUAGUAAGUUUCUUCCACCGGCUAUAAUCGAGUUAUUUGCUUGGUAGUAAUAUUCGUGAAAAAAAAAAAACGGCAUGGCGCUUAUUUGCUUCCAUAUGACUGCAUGUUUUUCUUUAGUUCUUCUGAAGGUUUGGAUCGCAUGCUGUUGCAUUUCUUCAGUUUAGGUGUUAGCUUCAAACAAUUUUAAUAUGAAUUCUUAUUUUAG